UUGUGGUAAGGCGUGAGUGCAUAAAUUAGAAUUUAGGACAAAGGAGAGAGGGAGACAUGAAUAUGACAAAUAAGCCAAACUCUUGUGGUUCCACUAAUGUGUUUCAGUCUCAACUGCAACAACAUAGUGAAAGGCCAAAUGGGUGUGAGGGAUCAUCUGGCCCCAGACCCACACCACCUUACCCUGCACCAACGGCUCGCUACCAGGACAUUGUUCGUGAUGCAAGCAUCUUCUGGGAAAAGCUUCAUGCUUUUCACGGAUCACUUGGCUCCAAAUUCAAGGUUGCUACUAUAGGAGGAAAGUCACUUGAUCUGCAUCGCCUUUUCGUGGAAGUAACCACUCGUGGUGGAAUUGAAAAGGUGAUUUAUGAUCGUAACUGGAAGGAAGUGAUUAAGGCCUUCAAUUUCAGAGAUACCAUAACAAGUGCAUCAUUUAUUGUGCGCAAAUCAUAUCUAUCGACACUUUAUCACUUUGAGCAAGUGUAUUAUUUUGGGAGGCAAGGCAUUCCUCCCCCAACACCUGAUCUUGUGAUUAGAGGCCAAUCUGGCCAUCCCUAUAGCUCUGCAAGCAUUCCAUAUGUUGCUGCUGUCAAUAAUUCAUCUUUUCAGGGUAGUCCAGCACAGACAUUUGAUGCUCUGCUUCCUGGAACAAUUGAUGUCAAAUUUGAUGGUGGAUAUGUUGUUACAAUGAGCGUGGGUUCUGAGAAGCUCCAAGGUGUCUUGUUUCAUGUUCCUGACAACAUGUCCCAGAGUUCUCAUACUGAGGGCACAUCAAGUCCACAGAAUCACGGUGAAGGUGCGUCUAGUUUGCAGAGUCGAAAGAGAGCAAAACAUGCACAGCGUGAUCCAUCUAUGCCAAAGUCAAACAGGAGUGGCUACAACUUUUUCUUUGCUGAGAAUUAUGCUAGGCUGAAGCCAGCUUAUCAUGGGCAAGAGAAAGCAAUUACUCAGAGGAUUGGGUUUCUGUGGAACAAUCUGUCAGAAGCAGAAAGACAGGUUUAUGAAGAGAAAGCAAUGAGAGAUAAGGAAAGAUACAGGACUGAGCUGAUGGAUUACAAAGCCACCAAUUCAACUCCAAAUGCUCAAUAGGCUGUUGUAUGCAAUCCUUAGACUGCCAUUUCAUAUGCUUCUUCUUUAGACUCUUGUUCAUUGAAUGUCUUUGUUGUAGUAAAUUUUAUCAUUCUACACAGAAACUUGUAAGAGUAGCCUUGUUUUGUUGUGACAAUUCUUGUGUAAAUUAUGCUGAAUGGUUUUAUUAAACAUCUUGUAGCAAUUCAUUUGUUGUUGUUACUCUAAAAUCAAGGCUCCUUCAAUUUA